AUGGACAUUCCUCACGAUACCUCAACAUGUCCACUAUGCCCAUUUUCUGACGCCGAUGCCGACUUCGUGGCUCAGCACAUAGAAUUCUGCCAUCCAGAGACGGACCCGGCCUUGGCGGAAGAAUCACAUCCCCUCCCGAGUGCCGUGGGCCAUGAGUCCGCCGAAAAGUACAUAGAGUGCCCGCACGGCUGCGGGGAGACAGUGACAACGGCCGAACUGUCGACACAUCUGGAUCUACAUAUCGCGGAGGGAAUUGCCCUCGAGGACAGCGGUGCAUCCCAACCAUAUAUCGACCCGCUCACCGAUGACUCUGACGCCGUGGACGAAGACGACCCGCUCGACUUCCUAGAUUCUCGCAAGGGAAACAAACGAGGUGCGAAGCGCGACUUCUCACGGGCAAACACUGCGAAACCGACACGACCACGAAGCCCUCCGCAGGUCGCCGGAGCGGACGGCGUCAAACGACUUGGGCGUGCAGAACUGGGGCCCCAUGCCCACGAAAAGAAGAUGCCUUCAUGGCUGAGAAAGAUGCUCGAGAAAGGAGGGCACAAGACCAAAGUCACCCAGAUCACACCCGACGGUCGACUGGCCCGGCACGAACAAGUUGAGAAUGAAACAGAACAUCUGAUUCCCGUGCUGUCCCGGCUAUGCGAGCAGGACCAAUCCGUCCAGCGCGCAUUUCUAAGCAGCCCGAAAGUCCGCCAUGUCUGCAAGAUGCCGAGAGAAGGCGGGUUCUGUGGAUAUAGGAACAUCCAGAUGCUCAUUUCGUAUAUUAUCAAAACGAAGAGUCUGGGACAUGAGCAUUUCCCGGAGAGGGGGCCGACGAUCCUUGAACUGCAGGAUAUGAUUGAGCAGGCGUGGGAUAUGGGAUUUAACAGUACUGGAAGAUCUGAGACUGGCGGGAUUCGUGGAACUCGUAAAUUUAUUGGGACGCCCGAGGCACAAGCACUUUUCCUCAGCCUCGGGAUCCAAUGCGAAGCGAGCAGUCUAACCGAGAGCAAGGACAUGCGCGCCUACGAUGCGCUUUACACGGACGUGGCAUCCUAUUUCCGGUCUGCAUGUUCCCUUGAAGAUGAAGAGACCAAGGUAUUUACUACGGACCUCCCACCCAUAUACUUCCAGCACCAAGGACAUUCCAUGACCAUCGUUGGGUUCGAGAUCCGAGACAAUGGCAGCGCCAACCUGCUGGUAUUUGAUCCCAUGUUCAAGACAUCGCCGGCAAUGAACAAAAUAAUUAACAAUUAUACCAAACCCAACGAUCCUACUCGAUUGCUCAAGGCAUACCGGCGAGGCACGGCGUACCUGCAGAAGUACAAACUCUUCGAGCUGCUCAAAAUGCGCACCGCUCCGAAUGUGAUCAUCACCGGAACCCCCGGGGUGGGCAAGACCGUUCACUGCGAACAAUUGGCCCAGGACCUCGGUCUGAAGCACCUGUCCAUCAACCAGGUCGCCAAGGAGCGCGACUGUUACGAGACCUACGAUGAUGAGCGGAAGAGCUGGGUGGUGGAUGAGGACAAGUUGCUGGAUGCGAUCGAGGAUGAAGUGCUGCAGGGCGGCUACCUGAUCGAUUGGCAUGCGUGCGACCUCUUCCCCAAGUCCUGGAUUGAUCUAGUGGUGGUGCUUCGCUGCCCAUCGACAUCAGUUCUAUACGACCGUCUUUCUUCAAGGGGCUACCACGAAGCGAAACUACAGGAAAACCUCGACGCGGAGAUCUUUGGGGUUCUGCUGGAAGAAGCGCGCGAGGCGUUCGAGGAAGAGAUCGUGGUCGAGUUGAACAGCGAAAAGGACGACGAUGUGGAUAGCAAUUGUGCACGGAUUACGACCUGGGUGGACACCUGGAAAAGGACCCAGGCCGAGCAAAAUGCGGACUGA